UCAUAAAUGGAGUAUCUGUUUAGUCAACUUCUUGGUCCAGCCCAUGUGCUGAAUCUGUUUGCCAAAAAUGGAAAUCUUAGCUCUUUUUGGUCUAUAACAAUACUAUCAGUCCAGCUAUAAAGAUCAAUUAUUAUUUUUUUGAUAAAGCAAUACUCGUAAUUUUCUUCUUUGUACAAUCUAUAUUAUUCAUUAAUAUUGAAAUUUGCCAAAAAGGGGAUAUGUUUGUCCUUUAGUUCUUUUUGCAUAAAAGUGGAACAGGGAUAUGGAUUAUCUCUAUCUACAAAAGCAAAGAAAAUUUGAAUAGCUCAUUUUUCUUAGCUGUGUGUUAGUUAUCUUAGUUGAAGAAGGGGAUUAAUCAAGCAUCCCAAUAUAUAUUUGUUGAAUGGAAUCAUAAGAAAUUAGAAUGCUAAUUAGGUAAACCAUGUUUGCUCUGCAUGCAUGGCUUCAUGUCUCUACGUGUUUUAUGGUUUCUGGCUUUCUGCUUCAUGUUCUUUUCCUCCUAACUAAGACUUUUUUUAUUUACUUUUUAUUUUCCUUUUUGGAUAAAGGGGCCAAAAGUAUAGUACUAUUUUAUUCAAGUAUACUCUUCCUUUGCUCUAGUCAUCUUUUAUGGAGCUUUAUUGUGUGUUGUGGUUUAAUGUUUUCCCUUUCCCUUUGUCUGAAAAAUAAAUAUUAUGCUGUUUAGUAUCAUUUGAAUAUUUCUGUUACCACAGCAGUAUCAUAUUAUUUUAUUUUUCUUGUGUGUUUUACGGCACCAAUAAAAUUGUUGUGCAUUCACUGAUCAUUAAAAAUUUGUCAAUUCUGUACAAGUAUAUCUUCUUUAGGUCUAGUACUGGCAUAUUCUUUGCGGGCAGGUGAUUAUAGUACCACUGCAUUGUUUUUUCCUAGCUGCUUAAUCUUACUAAACCUAUAGUAUAUGUGAGAGAAUUUCACAGGACCCAAACCCCUAAGACAAUGGGUGUAGCAGUUCAAGAUCACUAUAAUGGACCUUUUUGGAAGCACUGAAAAACUCAUGUAAUUAAUUUUGAGGUUUACAAAAUUGUUUAUGAAAGACUGGCCUUACCAUGAGUUGGCUUUACUACUAUAUUAGAGUAUGUGCCUACCUCAUCUUAAACCUUAUGUUAUUUGAGAUCGUGCAUGUUAAUUAAAUUAAAUGCAUUAUCUUGUCCCUUCGUGUCUGGGUAUGCGAAAGAAUCUAAGCAUCCAACUCGAAACCUUAACAGAUGGUUGGAGUAAUCCACUACCUUUAAAAACCUCUUUGAAGCCCUCACACAACCAAAAUAAAAUUCAAUAGUGUACAUUGUACAAUGUUAUUCUUCUUAUAUUUACUAUCUGCAAUUUCCCCUAGCUUGAGCUACAUAUAAUAGAGAACCAUUCGUAGUUCUCUUCUUUUUCUUGUGUGUUUUACAGUACCAAUAAAAUAGUUGUCUAGUAAAGUUGCAUUCACUGAUCAUUAUAAGUUUUGUCAAUUCUGUAUUUUACUGUCAUAGCUCAAGAUUUAUUGCAGUUAAUUUCCUGAGAGCUAGAUGAAAACUAGUAAUGAUGCUACUAAUUUCUCUUCCUCUUUUUCCCCAUCGUCUUAAUCUUUUUAGGCUCUUUCUUUUAGCAUAUUCUUUCUCUUUUUCCUGUUUUUCUCUUAAAGUUUUUUAUGAGUGCCUUGAUCCAUAAUACUUACAGACACAAGAUUAAAUUAGGAACAAUUCUGUAGUAUGGUUUUCAAACUCUGUUGGUUGUGUGGCAGUCUUUAUAUUUGUAUGCAAUGAUCAACCAUAUAAACUACUUUUGAACUUCUCUGUUAAUCAGUGGUAGGUAAUAAUAGUUUGUUAUUCAUGUUUGGAUGUCCUAUUCCAUUUCAUUUCAGCUCUCUGUUUUAAUAACUUUAUCUUUCAUUUGGCUAAGUGGAAUUAAUGCAGGCCUUUCUUUGGUCUAUGUAUGUUCCUUUGUUUGUCUGUGCAAGCAUAUAUGUUGAGCUUAUGUUUCUUCCUCUUCUCAAAUCUGUUACUUUUUCUACUUUGACUCCUUAUUGAUAUGUAGUUGUACUAUCCUAUCUGCCAUCCCAUUUUGAAGCUUUUGCUGCCUGUAUAAAGGGUUUGAAAUCUAUCCUUUUUUCCACCCCUUACCUGUAAUUGACAAUUCUCUGAUUAUAAUUUAUUUAGCCACAGAUUGCAGCAUGUCUGAAUCUAAAGAUGACAAAACUGAGCUUGUCUAGCCAUAGUCCUUUAUUGAUAUGCCUGUUAAAAUUACACCAUGUUACAACAUUUUAUCAUAUCACAUCAUUUUUUAUUAGUAAAUAUGAAUUCACUUACAGCUCAUUUAGAGCUAUUGACAAACUGAAAGGAUGUAUAAAGCAGACUUGAUUAUAUCUAGGUUUUGUCUCACCUGAAAGAUGAUACUGUAUCAAUUUAUAAAGCUAAUGGCACUUACAAUUCCAUUUACUGUUUCUUUUAACUUCUCUCUGAAUUAAUUAAUGAAUUGAGUUAGUUCCUUUGGUCUUCGCUUAUCAGAAAUGUCAUCUUCAAAAGAUGAAGCUACAACAACAAAGCCAAACCGUGUUUCGAUGGCUCGACAAGGAGUAGGAUCUAAAGGCCAAAAAAUUCGCCUACUCACCAACCAUUUUAAAAUAGGGAUGACCAACUCUGAUGGGCACUUCUACCAUUAUAGUGUUGCUCUAUAUUAUGAAGAUGGAAAUCCCGUAGAGGUAAAAGGUAUUGGACGGAAAAUCCUUGACAAGGUCCAACAAACAUAUGCAAUGGAGCUAGCCGACAAAGACUUUGCAUAUGAUGGGGAGAAGAGCCUGUUCACAAUAGGUGCACUUCCUGGGAACAAGUUUGAGUUUACUGUUGUGUUGGAGGAUAUCUCUUCAUCAUCUAGAAGCACUCGAGGUGGCACCCCUGAAGGAAGCCCCAGUGAAGUUGACCGGAAAAGGUCAAAGAGGCAGCCUUGGUCCAAGGCAUAUAAAGUGGUAAUUAAAUAUGCUGCAAAAAUACCAAUGCAAGCUAUUGCCAACGCACUCCUAGGACAAGACUCUGAACAAUAUCAAGACGCUGUGAGAGUGCUUGAUAUAGUUCUGAGGCAACAUGCUGCCAAACGGGGCUGCCUUAUAGUGCGUCAAUCUUUUUUCCACAAUGAACCUAGAAACUUUGUUGAACUUGGUGGAGGAGUUUUAGGAUGCCGGGGGUUCCACUCAAGCUUCCGGGCCACGCAGGGAGGCCUUUCAUUGAACAUGGAUGUAUCAACCACAAUGAUUGUGCAGCCAGGACCACUGAUAGACUUCCUUCUUGCAAAUCAAAAUGCAAGAGAUCCUUACCAAAUUGAUUGGUCCAAGGCAAAGAGGACGCUGAAGAGUCUGAGGAUCAAGGCCAGCCCCUCAAAUAGGGAAUUCAAAAUCACCGGCCUCACUGAAAGGCCUUGCAAAGAGCAGACUUUCAUGUUGAAGCAAAAAAGUGGAAAUGGGGAAGUGCAAGAGGUUGAGCUGACUGUUUAUGAGUAUUUCACUCAUCAUCGCCGUAUUCCUUUACAAUAUUCUGGAGAUUUCCCUUGCAUUAAUGUUGGCAAACCAAAACACCCAACUUAUAUUCCUCUUGAGCUUUGCUCUCUGGUGUCUCUGCAGCGAUACACCAAGGCGCUGUCCAAUCUACAAAGGGCUUCCCUUGUAGAAAAAUCCCGACAAAAGCCCCAAGAAAGGAUGAGAACAUUGACCGAUGCUCUAAGGACCAGCAACUAUAAGGCUGACCCUCUUCUUGGAUCUGCUGGAAUUUCAAUUAUUGAUCAAUUUACUCAAGUUGAAGGUCGUGUCCUGCCAACUCCAAAGUUGAGGGUAGGGGAUAAACAAGACUUGGUUCCUAGGAAUGGAAGGUGGAAUUUUAACCAGAAGCAAUUGGUUGAACCGAUCAAGCUCGAGCGUUGGGCAGUUGUGAACUUCUCUGCCCGUUGUGAUGUCCAUAAGCUAUGUAUGGAUCUACAGAGGUGUGGGAAAAUGAAAGGAAUGUUUAUCAAUCCACCAUAUAAUCAUAUCUUUGAGGAGAAUCAGCAGUUCAGGCGCAACCCUGCUCCUGUGAGAGUUGAGAAGAUGCUAGAAGCAUUGAAAUCAAAACUUCCAGCUCCACCUCAGUUCCUUCUCUGCAUUCUACCAGAGAGAAAGAACUCUGACCUAUAUGGCCCCUGGAAGAAAAGGAAUUUAGCUGACCUUGGAGUUGUAACCCAAUGUAUUGCUCCUACAAAGGUCAAUGAUCAGUACCUUACCAACGUGCUCUUGAAAAUCAAUGCAAAGGCAAGAUUUGAAUGGACAAAGUUUUUACACCCAUUAUUAGUGUCUCCUGAUUUAUUAAACACCUUUUCCAUAUCUGGUGCUUCUUUGCAGCUUGGCGGCAUGAAUUCGUUUUUGACUAUGGAGCUUGCCCCUGUACUACCUCAGAUUUCAAAAGUCCCAACUAUCAUUAUUGGGAUGGAUGUCUCUCACGGCUCACCUGGACGAGCAGAUGUUCCAUCCAUUGCAGCGGUGGUCAGUUCUAGACAGUGGCCCUUUAUUUCACGCUAUCGAGCAGCUGUCUGUACUCAGUCACCAAAGCUGGAAAUGAUAGAUUAUUUGUACAAGAAAGUAUCAGAUACCGAAGAUGAGGGACUUAUCAGGGAGCUGCUGAAGGACUUCUACCAUAGUUCGAACAAUGUGAAACCUGAGCAUAUCAUUAUUUUCAGGGAUGGAGUUAGUGAGUCCCAGUUCAACCAAGUCAUAAACAUUGAGCUCAAUCAGAUUAUCGAGGCCUGCAAUCAUCUGGACGAGAAUUGGUCUCCAAAGUUCACUGUAAUUGUUGCACAAAAGAACCACCACACGAAGUUUUUCCAGACCAACUCACCGGAUAAUGUUCCUCCUGGGACUGUGAUUGACAAUGCAAUAUGCCAUCCAAAGGCCAACGACUUCUACAUGUGUGCUCAUGCUGGGCCUAUUGGAACAACAAGACCCACACACUACCAUGUUCUGCAUGAUGAAAUUGGAUUCUCAGCAGAUGACAUGCAAGAGCUGGUCCAUUCUCUGUCUUACGUGUAUCAGAGGAGUACCACAGCCAUCUCUGUUGUUGCACCUAUAUGCUAUGCCCACUUGGCAGCAGCUCAAGUGGCGCAGUUUAUCAAGUUUGAUGAACUGUCAGAGACGUCCUCAAGCCAUGGUGGAGUUACAACAGCUGGUGUUGUUCUGGUCCCUGCAUUGCCUCGACUUCACAAGAAUGUUCGCAGUUCCAUGUUUUUCUGCUAAGUCCUACACCUGGAAAUAGAUUUGGAGAGAAAAACUACUCUUGGGGAAAAUUUCUGGUUCUGUAAUGAUGAAUCUUAGAACUCAGUAUUAUCAUGUUUUUUGUCAACAUUUAUCUAAGCCACUGGUGGUGGAAAAAACUAACUUCUGCUAAUUUCUGGUUAUGUUGUGAUGGAUGCCAGAUAUAUAGGUUAUAUGAUAGAAAUCUUUUAGGGAACUCUAGCUUUGCUAUUUAGAUGUAAGAUUUGCUAUGAGACAGAUCAAAUUUGGUGCAUAUUCUGAGUAUCUU